AUGGCUGGCUUUUGGUUUAGCGUCCUGGGGCUUCUUCCCCUUUCUCAAGCUCUUUCACUCCCUCCCCUCAUACCUAAGAUCCAAGGUGUGACGACGCCUCUGAUCCAACCUCUCUAUGAGCUUCUACCGGCAUUGCCCAUCUUCCAGGCGCCCCUGCCACCACUUGACAGCCCUCCUUUCACCCCCAGUAACAUUAGACCGAAGAAGAUCGGAUACUAUUGGGUCGGAGCGGGGGAUAAGGAGCAUGCCGAUUUCCUGGCUACUUACAGUCUAGAUGAUGACACCUUUGGAGAACUCAUCUAUGUGACCGACGUUCCCACUAGUGGCAACGACCCUCACCAUCUGGGAGUUUCUCAUGAUGGGAAGACCCUUGUCGGUGGAGGUCUUCUAUCACUGCUGAAGCUUCAAGACACUGCAUACUACUUCGACGUCAGCAACCCCUAUCGUCCUGCCUUCACGAAGAGCAACCGUGGUGUUCUUGCGUCCAUCGCCGACGAAAUUCGUGCAAAGCCUGAUGGGGGUUUUUUCAUUACAUACAUGGGAUCUGCUCUUGGUACAUCCCCCGGCAGGCUCAUCGAAACCGAUGCCGACUUCAACAUCAUUCAUGAAUGGCCCGAAGAUGUCGAAGGGACUCUUAAUAUCUUGGGCGAGCAGUUCUCUCCCCAUGGUAUCUCAAUUGACUGGGAGAGGAACUUCAUCCUGACCUCUGACUUCGUUGUUCCUUUGUCAAUUCUGAAGCCCAGCACGGGAGUCGUGCGUGCCAACACUCUUCGACUCUGGGACCUAAAGACUCGGACCAUCCUCAACACCAUCACUAUCCCUAACGGUUCAGGUAUCCAGGACGUGAAGUUCAUCCCUGGCAACCCUGAAGGUGCUGCUAUUGCGGCUACUGUGGGUAGCGGUCAGAUCUGGAUCGUCUAUCCUUCCCGCAAGGAUGCCAACGGCAAGCAGGGUGUCGCAGAGCUCCUCUUCGACUUGGGCGAUCAGGCUCGUGCAUCGAACCCUAUCGCCAGCUACACUGAUCUUACUCAGGAUGGCAAGUUCCUGUACGUGACGCUCACCUCGGCUAACCACGUCGCUGCUCUGGACAUUAGCGACCUCAACAACGUCAAGCGUCUCGAUGAUCCCGAUGAGGUACAUCCCAUCGUUAGCCCUCACUACAUUAAGGUCACGCCUGAUCAAAAGCACAUUGUCGUCACCGAUUACUUCGUGCAGACGGGUGAAAUCGGUAUUGUCAACGUUCCAGCCGAUUUCAAAGCACAGUACAUCGACAUCAACGAUGAUGGCAGUAUUUCCUUCAACCGUUCCAUCAAUUUCAGCCAGGAAUUUGAGAACCGUGGCGGCGGUAAGCCACAUUCUGCUGUGGUUUUCGAUCUCACAGACCCGGAGAACCCGCUGUACUACUAG